AUCGUUGUACCGAUGUCCUGAUGCUAUCGUUUAAAGCUUUUAAAAAAUCUGGUAAAAAGGUCGAGGCUGGCAAAAACGGUAUUGUUUCAAAAGAAAAAGUUGUUGAAAGUCAAGAAUUGAAAAAGCAGCUUUCUGCUGUAUAUGAAAAAGCCUUAUCUCUUCAACUGGAAGGUCAAUACAAAGCGGCUAUAAAAUAUUAUAAAAAAAUACUUUUAUCGGAGCUACAUGCCUCUUCUAGGCUUAAAAAGCUUGUUUAUUCAAAUCUUAGCGAUUGUUACAAGGCAAGGAACAAUUUGCAGAAAUCAAUUAUAUAUUGUAUUGAGGCCGUCUCACUUGAUCGAGCCGAUGUGGUGUUAUGGGAUCGUAUUGCAAAACAUGCUCUAGAAUUAAAGAACAUGCCUCUAGCAAGACAAGCUUCCGAAUCAGCCUUAUCUGUUGCUCCAACUUAUUGGCCUUGUCUUGACCGCUAUUCAAAAAUUUUAUUUGCUAUUUCCGAUUUCACUUCUCUCAGUCGAGUCUUGGAAUUAGCCUUUGCGGUUAACCCUGCUUACCCGUUUGGUCUAAAAAUUUUGGAAUAUUUAAAUUCUCCGAGGAAAGCUGACUUUUAUCUUUUUUAA